AACGGGGUUUGUAGGUGAGGGUGCGGCUCGCGCUUGGGAGUUUGACAACUUUUUUUUCAGCGCGGAAGGAAUUUUACUGCUGAGAAAGGUAGAAGGCAGCUACACCGCACGACGAGAGAAAGGAAUAAGUUGUCGUGAAGUUGAGGUUAUUAUACAUCAUGGCAAAAGGAAGUAAAGCCAAGAAGGCAACGACGGCAGGUGCUGCGUCGAAGCGGUUUGAAGCAGCGCUGCAGCAGGUCGAGAAGACUGCGAACGCGAGCGAUAGUGAUUCGGGCGAUAGCUUUCUCGAUGAUGAUGAGCCUGAAGAGGAGAUUAGUGAUGAUGAUGAGAGCGGGAGUGUUGAUGAGUUUGGAAUGCUGAAGUUUGGAGGGAAGGAGAAGGGAGAAGUGGAUGAUGAUGAAGCGGAUAGUGGCGAUGAGUUUGCUGGUUUUGACGACGACGGAAGCAGCCACGAGCAGACCAAAUCAGACGACUCAGCCUCAGACGAAGAAGAGGAAGAGGAAGAGGAAGGCCAGGCAGGCUACGACUCAGACUCCGACAACGAAAACGGCGAUCUCAUGAACCUCAAGCACGCGCUCACUCAUGCCGCCGAACGCGCUGCGGCAGAGAAAGCCGAACAAGAGCGCAAGAUCCGCAAACGCAAGCUAUACGGCGACUGGGCCGACAACGCGCCUCCACCGCUCAGCGACGACGAUGAGGACGAGGACGAGGACGGGAAGCCCCGCGAGAAGAAGAAGAAGAAGGUCACGCUGGAGGAUAUUCGCGCACACACCUCGUCAGCGUUCGGCACGCGCGCGAUCGCGCGGCUAGAUGAACUCGAGAAACGCGCAAAGGGCAAGUCGGAAGUCGUCAAGGCGCGGCUCGGCCGGCGGAUCGAGCAACGCGUUGACCGCGCGGCCGCGUACGAGAUUGCAAAGACUGAGAUCAGCAAGUGGGACGAGACCGUGCAACAGAACCGGCGCGCGGAGACGCUUGAGUUCCCGCUGCAGCAGAACCGGUCGGCUCCAGAUAAUGUCGCGCAGGGCAUGGAUGACGACGCGGAGUUUGCGGGGGAGACGCUCGUGCAUCAGUUGGAAGGGCGGCAGGUUAGUCUGGAAGAGGUGCGGGCGCGGCGGAACGAGCUGCGGAGGAUGCGCGAGAUGAUGUUUAGAGAGGAGAUGAAGGCGCGGCGGGUGAAGAAGAUCAAGAGUAAGACGUAUCGGAAAGUGCAUAAGCGCGAGCGCGAGCGCGAGGAGCAGGUCGCGGCGCAGCUUAAUGGGGAGGAUGAGGACGUUGACGACGACGAGGAGGGAUACGACAAGCUUGUUGCGCGCGCGCGCGAGCGGAUGCAGUUAAAGCACAAGAAUACGAGCAAGUGGGCGCGCGAUAUGAAGCGCAUGAGCUUGAACAAGGAUAAGAGCAACCGGGCCGAGCUCGAAGAGAUGCUGCGUCGGGGCGAGGAGUUGACGCAGAAGGUCGCCGGAUCUGAUGACGACAGCAGCGGCGACGAACUUCCGGAGGACAAUGACGAAGACGAAGGAGAGAGUGCGUCGGGGUCGAAGAAAGCAAAGGGGAUUAUGCAGAUGAAGUUUAUGAAAGACGCCGAAGACAGGAUAAGGAAAAGCAACCAGGAGGAAAUCGCUGCGAUCCGCCGGAUGCAGGACGACGACGAUGACGCGGAGGACCUCGAGGAUCAGGGCGACACCGCGCGCGAAGUCAUCAACGAAGGCCGUCGGCGCUACGGUCCCGGCGCUCUUGAAGCACAGGCGGAAGCACAGGCCGCGGUCGACAAGUCGAAUGAGAUGGAGGAAGACGAUAGACCUUCGUCGAUCAUCAAGAAGCGAGGUCGGAAUAUCGAGAUCCGCCAUGUGCAGGACGAUGACGAUGACGCGCCGCAGAAGAAGAAGGGCGGGAAGAAAGCGAGUGCGGAAGAUGCGGCGAACCCGUGGAUUCAGGACGUCGAUCCCGGAUCUGUUACAAAAGGCGGCUCGCUGCGUGCUGUCGACAAGGAUAGCUCGCGGAGCGAAAAGACAGAGGCCAAGCUGAAGCGCGCGCGGCAAAGAUCCGCCAAAGCAGCCGCUGCCGCGGCCGACCCCGCGGAAGGCGACGUGCAGAUCAACGUGAACGAGAUUCUGCAGGUGCGCGGCGUUCACGAUGAGGUCGAUGGCGACGACGGCGAAGUUCCUGAUGCGGCGGUGACGAUGGUGGCUAAGAAUGGCCGGACCGAGUUUCAGCAGAAGGAGCUUUUUGAGGAGGAGAAGAAGCAUGUUGUUGAGGACGAGGGGGAUAAGGAGAUUGAUGUUACGCUUCCUGGAUGGGGAUCGUGGACUGGUAUGGGAACCCGCAAGUCCAGCAAGCGGUUCAUCGAGAAGGUCGACGGAAUCAAGACCAAAGACCGAAAAGACCACAAACUCCAGAACGUGAUCAUCAACGAGAAAUCGAUAAAGAAGAGCGCAAAGUACAUGACCGAGAAAGUACCCUACCCGUACGAGACGCGGGCGCAGUACGAGCGCGCGAUGCGGAUGCCGAUUGGAAAGGAGUGGAGUACACAGUCUACGCUGCAGGAGGCGACGAAGCCGAGGGUUAUUGUUAAGCCUGGCGUGGUUAUUGAUCCUCUGACGGCGCCGUUUUCGUAGGGAGGGAGAGCAUGGACGAGGACGGAUAAGAGGGUUAUGGAUGUCCAGGGUUAAUACAACAGAAGUUCUCUAAAGCCCCCACGAUCAUGUAGA